AGUCAGUCAGUUUGAAAGCGUUAUCAGAAGCAGUAACCAUGUUCUGGGUGUUAGCAGUUUUACUGUUUGUUACAGGCGGAUUAGCAAGUAGGUGCACCUUAUUCUAUGAGCCAUCUUACCCUCUCAUUUUUUUGCAAAAGUUUGGCUCCAACAAUACGUUCAUCAGCACAGAAGGUGUUCAACUACAUUUCGAUGAUGGACUACCAGUGACUGCUUAUUGCCCGACCAAUUUCAAAAAUUUAGAAAUUAAAGGUCCUCGCACCUAUGAAGAUGAUUACAAACUGAGAUUUUUGAAGCAGAUUACAUUUUCAUGCGAGGAUUCGCAUGUGAUGCUUGACAAGUCAGAACUUCAAAAUGAUGGAAAUCUUAGUUGUCCUGAAACAUCUCAAUAUUACGAAAGAUAUGUACCCGCAUGCAAAUACGAGGGUCUUGCCUUUGGAUUCUUCAUAGGGGAACAGGCCGUAGUUUUUGCUGAAGUCUGCUACAACCUGGAAUUCCUGCAGCCCAGUUUCCUGCAUUACGUAGCUGGCGAUCGCAGCACUAUCCUUGAGAAUCAGCCAACCCAAAAUGUUGCUAAUGUGACUUUUGACUUUGGAAUUUUCAUUGACGACAGUAACCUGGAAGAUGAGAAGCGAUAUUUAUCAGCCGAAUUGAAGUACUCAAUUCCUGAAUUCGCAGCCGCGGUAAAAUAUGAAUUGGAUGAAUUUAUUCCUUUAAAAAAAUCCUUAGGCAUUCUUGGAUACUACACCAAUGACUUUCGUAGCGUAAAUGUGAUCCCUUGGUGGAAACCCUUGAAAUUUGGUAACUGGAAGUCCGUAGAAGAAGCCAUCGAAGCGAUAUCAAGAGAUGAGACCUACGACAUUUUUGCUGGCACGUCAGGUGUUGUGAACUACCCUACCAUUGAUGGGGUCGCGUCUACCGGUGUACUUUCAUUUCCAGCAGUUGCACAUGAUCGAAAUUUACCAAAAUAUGUGUGGAAUUACAUUAGGAAAAGGAACCACCCGGACGAGGGUGUUGUUGUCAUUGGUGUUAAUACUCCAUUCGUUGCUAGCUCGAAAGGUGACUACAUCAUUUGCGAGGAUAUCUGUGACAGCAUUUCGUGGCUUAGUUCCAUAAAAGUGACUAGAAAAAUGGCAGCACUUGGUCAUACAUUUUGUUGCAAGCCAGCAGAAGUAGAAGAUAAAUUGGAUAACUUCCCAGUUUUUUUGAAUUAAAAAUGUAAUGUAAUAAUUUUAUGGCAAAAAAAUGCUGCACUAACAUGAAUAAAAUUGAACG